AUGCUACCUCUCACCACCCUCUCCCUAGCCCUACUGUCACCAGCAGCAGGAGUCUUGGCAUCAGCAAAACCACCCAUCAAAGUCCCAGUCUCACCAGCCGGACGCCGUUCAAGUCCUUCACUCAUAACCCGCAGCGGCGAUGGCUUCAUCCGCGCCUCCGUCCACGCUGCUCACGGCGCUCCCAAGCUUCGACGGAGACAGGAAGAUGAAGGAUUGCACAACCAGAACCUCGGAACGACUUAUACCAUCGACAUCGAGAUCGGGACGCCUCCCCAGACUGUGACGCUUAUCUUGGACACCGGGUCGCCGGAUCUGUGGGUGAACCCGCAGUGUGAGACCUCAGGACAGGCGAAGUACUGCAAUAGUUUCCCGCAGUUUGAUUACACCAAGAGCAAGACGAUCAAGGAUACGGGGGCGGCGGAUAUCUUGAGUUAUGGCAAGGGGAAUGUGACGAUUGAGUAUGUGACUGAUGAUGUUACUAUCGGUUCCGCGAAAGUCAAAUCCCAAAUCCUCGGCGUAGGCUUCGAAUCAACCGACAUCCCCCUCGGAAUCCUCGGCCUCUCUCCCUCCGUCAACCCGGGCGUCUCCCCCUACCCUUACCUCCUCGACUCCAUGGCCUCCCAAGGCAUCAUCUCCUCGCGCGCCUUCUCCCUGGACCUGCGUAGCAUCGACAACCCCAGCGGGGCCGUCAUCUUCGGCGGCGUCGACCUCGGCAAAUUCUCUGGCAGCCUCGAAAAACUCCCCAUGCUUGACCCCUCCGAUACCCCCUCCGGCGCUGACCGGUACUGGAUCGUCCUGUCGGGGGUAGGCAUGACUUACCCAAACGGCCAGGUAGAAGAGUCCGAGGAAAUCGCCGUCCCCGUCUUUUUGGACAGCGGUGGCACUCUGUCCCGCCUUCCGUCGACCAUCUUCCAGGCGAUUGGGGACUCUUUCCCCGGGAGCCAGUACGAUCCCGAGUCAGGGUUUUACAUAGUCGAUUGCUCGGCGGCUAGUCAAGAAGCAGGAUCAGUCGAUUUCAUUUUUGGGUCUAAAAAAAUCCGUGUGCCGUAUGCGGAUUUCAUCUGGGAGGUGCAGAAAAAUGUGUGUGUCGUUGGUGUCUUGCCGACCGAGGACGAGCCGGUGUUUGGUGAUUCGUUCCUGCGCGCGGCGUACGUGGUUUAUGAUCAGGAUAAUAGGAACUUGCAUCUGGCUCAGGCGGCGAAUUGCGGAGAGCAGAUUGUGGAGAUUGGGAGCGGGGAGGAUGCGGUGCCGAGUUCGGCGGGGAAGUGUAAGGAUAGUGGACCGACGAAGACGGCGGGCGGUGGAGGGUUGGAUGUUACGGCUACGAGGGCGCCGACGAGGACGGCGGCCGGGAGUGGGCCGGCCGUGACCAACUCGGAGUUUGGACCGGGACCGGCGGGGACGAGGGUUAGUACGGGCGGGAUUGGAUUGCCGACGGGGACGGGUGGUGGUGGUGGUGGAGGUGGAGGUUCGGGGGGUGGAAAUGGAAAUGGGAAGGAUGAUAGUGCGGCGAGUGGGCUGGAUGUUGGGGUUAUCGCUGCGGCGGUGUUGGCUGGGUUAAAUAUGCUGGUUGUUUGGCUGCUAUAA